UCUCUUCUUGAUGAAUGCAGAUUUUUCGGGCUCCUCAGUGGACAAAAGCGUCACCUCAAGAAACAUGGAAACAAAGGCAUUUUAAAAAGAGAUUUCAAUCUCUGUGAAAAUAAAGCCUUAUAUAUUCGUGUUUACAUCAAUCUCCUGUGGGACUCAUGAGGAAAAACAAAUCGAGGACAACAUUCCAUGGAAGCUGGCGGAUAAAGCAGUUGAUCCUUGAAGACUCUUGGUCAGUGUUCUGUGAUAAUGAGCGCAUGGACUUCUGUUCUUUGAAUUCCACCGACCACUUUAGCUAACUGCCAGGAGCCUGGAUCUGACUUAGAAUCAUGGAUAUCUGUGUAAAUUGAUCUACAUCCACCCUUUAAAAGCACUGAUGAAUGAAUUAGAACUUUAGAAGACAAAGUUGAAAAAAAAAUUCUUAUGCAAAGAGAAUUUGAUGUUGAAACAAACACAAUGAGGAAAGACUGACUUUUCUAUUUACCUUCUAAGAACUAAUGGAAUUGUCACUUUAAGAAAGAAAAAAUGAACAGCACAUGUAUUGAAGAACAGCACGAACUGGAUCACUAUUUAUUUCCAAUUGUUUACAUCUUUGUGAUUAUAGUCAGUGUUCCAGCCAACAUUGGAUCUCUAUGUGUGUCUUUUCUGCAAGCAAAGAAAGAAAGUGAGCUAGGGAUUUACCUCUUCAGUUUAUCACUAUCAGAUUUGCUAUAUGCAUUAACUCUCCCUCUAUGGGUCAAUUAUACUUGGAAUAAAGACAACUGGACUUUCUCUCCCGCCUUGUGCAAAGGGAGUACUUUCGUCAUGUACAUAAACUUUUACAGCAGCACAGCAUUCCUCACCUGCAUUGCUAUUGACCGGUAUUUAGCAGUUGUCCACCCUUUGAAGUUUUUUUUCCUGAGGACAAGAAAAUUUGCAUUUGUGGUCAGCCUAUCCAUCUGGGUAUUGGAAACCAUCUUCAAUGCUGUCCUUUUGUGGGAAGAAGAAACAGCUAUUGAAUAUUGCGAUGCCAAAAAGUCUAAUUUUACCUUGUGCUAUGACAAAUACCCUUUGGAGAAAUGGCAAAUCAAUCUCAACUUGUUUAGGAUGUGUACAGGUUAUGCAAUACCUUUGGUCACCAUAAUGAUUUGCAACCAGAAAGUCUACCAAGCUGUGCAGCAUAAUAAAGCCACAGAAAACAGCAUGAUAAAGACAUCUGCAUGA